GCUGCUAGCCGUAUAGAAUUGGCCUCCCAUUUAGUCAUUGCUAGCGCCAUUUUCUUCAGCUUUGCACCACAUUGCUCACCGAUAUCCAGACAUGGAAGGUGGAAAGGACAAAAGUACGGAUGCCGAUAGAGGGUUUCAUGGAGGGUACCCUGGUGGCUACCCUGCUCCGCCGGGGUACCCUGGCUACCCUGUCCCGGUAGGUGCAUAUCCCCCGGCACAAGGAUAUGCUCCUCCACCUGGACAAUAUCCGCCUCCCGGCGUGUAUCCUCAACCUGGUGGUUAUCAACCAUCACACGUUGCGUAUCCUCCGAGUGGGUACCCUGCAGGGUAUCCGCAACACCCUACAGCCUACCCUCCAGCUGGUUAUCCCGGUUAUGGACAACCAAUGCCAGUUCCUCCUUACGGUCAUGGUGCUAUGUAUGGAGGCGGCCAUGGUGCAGGCGGGAUGCUUGCUGGUGGGGCUGCUGCCGCAGCUGCAGCAUAUGGUGCUCACAAAGUGUCCCACGCCGGCGCCCAUGGGAUGUAUGGCCACGGCCACCACCACGGCAAGUUCAAGCAUGGAAAGUUCAAGCACGGCAAGUAUGGCAAGCACAAGAAGAUGUUCGGGCGCAAGUGGAAGUGAACAUGGGGCAUAACGUGGCUAUACUACAAAUUCCGGUUUUCCCCUAGUGUCUUUCUCCUUGUAUCUUCAUGUGUGAUAUAUGCCGUCGCAUCUUGGCAACGACUUAUUCGUUUUUUUGGUCAUAUGUACAUCCUUAUUUCUCGAGCGUGUGUAUUUUGUGUCUACCUAAUUUUAUGUUGGUUUCUAGAGA